AAUAUAUGCCUUCCGCGCGCGCACACGCACGGUUGAUCUUCGUUCGUGAAAUUUUUACUGGAAAAAAUUGUGAAUUGGGACCUUUUGGAAGCAAAAUUAACACAAAGGAAUGCAUCCUUACACAGAGGAAAUGACUUUGACGAAUUAGAAAUGGAACGUGCCGUCAAUUCGCAAUGAAAUCGAAUGAAUUAGUAUCCAUUCUAUGCUUUUCAUUUCGAUAUUCUUGUAGAUAGUUCAAUCAUUUCUGAUCUUCGCCGUAGGCCGCAGGCAUUUGUCCACAAACAUGUCGGCUGCGCCUUCAGCUGCGGGCAUGCAUGGGCAUGGAAGUCAAGGUGGAACUCGGAGUGGAGAGUUCAUUGUUGGCAGCGACAAAUACAAAUAUCGCUUGGUGAGAAAGAUAGGCAGUGGAUCUUUUGGAGAUAUAUAUCUUGGAAUUCACGUUCUAAAUGGAGAGGAGGUAGCUGUCAAAUUAGAGUCGGAGAAAGCGAAGCAUCCACAGCUUUUGUAUGAGAGCAAGCUGUAUAAGAUUCUACAUGGAGGACCAGGGAUUCCACAAAUGAAGUGGUUUGGGCAAGGUCAUGAUUACAACAUCAUGGUAAUGGAGCUCCUUGGGCCCAGUCUUGAAGAUCUCUUCAACUUUUGUUCAAGGAAGUUCACCAUGAAGACAGUUCUUAUGCUGGCUGAUCAGAUGAUAGCGAGGAUUGAAUACGUCCAUCUAAAGAACUUCAUCCACAGAGACAUCAAACCAGACAAUUUCCUUAUGGGUAUAGGAAGACACUGCAAUCAACUUUUCCUGAUAGACUUUGGUCUAGCAAAGAAAUUCAAGGAUUCAAGAAGCAAGCAACAUAUACAGUACAGAGAAGACAAGAACCUUACUGGUACAGCAAGAUACGCCAGUAUCAAUGCACAUCUUGGUAUUGAGCAGAGUCGGAGGGAUGACUUGGAAUCACUUGGGUACGUGUUGAUGUACUUUAACAGAACAAGUUUGCCAUGGCAAGGAAUGAAGGCAAUGACAAAGAAACAGAAAUAUGAAAAGAUCAGUGAGAAAAAGAUGUCAACACCGGUUGAAGUACUCUGCAAGGGAUUCCCAGCAGAAUUUGCCAUGUACCUCAACUUCGCCCGCGGCCUGCGCUUCGACGAGAACCCCGACUACGUGUACCUGAGGCAACUGUUCCGCAUCCUGUUCCGUACCCUCAAUCACCAGUACGACUUUACCUUUGACUGGACGCUACUCAAACAGAAGGUCUCCCAGCAAUCGGCGCAGACCAGCGUCUCUAACGGUGUCAAUCCAGGCACGGCCAAACACUCUGAGAGCAGGAGUAAAAGCAAGCGCUGAGCAAUACACCUAUCUUGCAACUCUGUCUAAUUGAAACUUGAGCGUAUCCCCUGCCCCGCAGAAUUGGACAUGGCUACUUCUGUAUCAACAGUGACCUCUCUCAUCGUAAGGAAGCAUGGACAAGCAGCAGUCUUGAUGAAUAGUAAUUGUGAAAGAAACAAUGAUGCUAAUAACCAAAGCCCAUUGCUAUCUACUGAACAAAGAUCAAUGAGCUUUAGGACAAUGAGGAAUUGCCAUGCUAUAAGCACAUCAAGACAAAGAACAGUAACAUUUUAGAGCAAUCUCUGCUAUAUGAAUGAAUGUAUGAUAUAUUACAGAAGAAUGUGAUUGAACUUAUGUGGGGAAAUCACAGCAGGGGACGAUGCUAUUAUUAUUGAUAUUUACAUGAAAGGUAAAGAGCAAGUUAAAGAAAUUUGUUGUAUGCAGUCAUAUUUGUCUGCAGUUAUGUUUUUGCAUCCUACACGUACCUUUCUCUUAAUCACACUUAUAUUGUUCAAUCUCAAUGUUUCAAUUUUGUGUAGCUGUCGAUAUGUUAUUUGUUCAAUCAUUUAUUUUAAGACACCAUGAUUGUGAAGUUUAUGAUGAUAAUUUUGUGUACAUGAUAUUGAUCUAGGUUGCAGAGAGUUUGGAAAUUCUUGUGGAGGACUUCAAAACGGUCCCUGCCCAUUAUUAAGUUUUAGAAGAAUUUCAUUUCAUAACCAGGGACAGUUUUGCAGUAUCCCCCCAAGAAACCCAAACGUUUCAUGUUUUCAAGAAUUUCACAAUAUAUAUCAUUUUAUGCAGAAUCAUCUAGUAUAAACAGAUUCAUAGCUCAGUCAUUUGUAUAAAUAUAAACCGAGAUUCUAUUUGUAAAUUUACAAAACAAUGACAUCCUUUCAUUUGGUGACCAAAUUCGGCUUUGGCCAGAAAUAAUUCACAUGAAAGUGGUUGCCAACGGUAUGUUUAUAAACGUAUGCAGAUCCAAUCUUUUUGUCAGGAUAUGUGUGGAAAGACAUUUGUAUUGUAAAUAGAAGUGGAGUUUAUGUCUUAACUAUCCUGACGAGAAGGAGAAGUAAUUUUUUUUCUUUUAUUUUUUUUAAAAUCCUAUCCCACUAUUCAAUGUAUUGCAUGUCAAUGUUGUCUUUUGUGAUAUCCUAAUUGUACAUACUGUAAUUGUAGAUUAUAUGUGGACAAAGUAAAGAAAAUACACAUCCAAAAUAUAUGCACUGACAUGCAAUACAUAGUUAUAUCAACUUGUUGUAUGUGAACGUACAUGAAUUCAAUGUUUACUUUUGCACUUUGUAUGGAACCGAAACUAAAGGUUUGUACAUGUUUGACUAAGUGAGUUGAAAUGAGAUAGUUUGGUUGGGCAAUUACACCUGUGAUGUAUAGUGAGACAGAAUGAUCAUAAUAGAUACAAACCAAGAGUAGUUGAGCCUUUUUUAAUUAUUGUCCUGCCCUGCCUCCUUUUAAUAGAUAGUUACUAGAUUCUUCUUGCCGAACAAGGUUUACACAAGGAACCCAUUUCAUUACAAGUUUCAUACAAACUCCAGAUUCAAAGAGAAUUGAUCAGUCGCAUUUUUAAUUUGAAAACCUGGAUAAUCAAAGUAAUGCUAGACUGAUAUUUGUAACAUGAAUUAACAUUUAAACCUUGCCCCUUUUCAUACAACUUCUGAUCAAAGAGAAAUGGUAGAAUUCGAGUCUGAAUUUGCCAUCCACUAGUCAUAUGGCUCUUAUUUUUGUACUUCAUAUUACAUUAUAAAGAUAACUUUGAUUUGUUAUUGAUGACAAGUUUGGUGUAAUGGAUCCCGGGUGGACCAGAGUUUGUUUGUGUGGAGUUAUAUCAUAGAGAUUGAAACCAAGAUAUUGAUAGCACAUAUUCAAAUUAAAUUAAGAUUAGUUGAAGAACCAAGAGGUUCUGUGAAUCUUUGUUUAGUUUGGUUUGCUUGAUGAAUCGCUCCUGAAUUUGCCAAAUCUUGUUUUUUCUUUUUUUUAAUGCAUACUCUUUGUCACAUGAAACUUUGAAUCGUUCAUCAUAUCUGAACAGGGGAUUGUGUAAUGUUGGGUUCAUAAGUCACUAAAACUAUCACAAGAUAUUGUCUUGCCUAGACUUAUUGCGUACGUUUUGGUCUAGGUGAGAGAAGAUAUCAAAUAUCCAUUCAUUUAAUCCCUGUUGCCUUGUAUGUAGUAUAUUACCUGUAUACAAACAACUCUUGGGCAGGUGGAAAAAAAAGGGUUGUAUGAAGCUACUACUCUCAUGGAGACAAUUCACGCGGUUUAAUAUGAGAUCAAAAGGAGAUUUUCAUUUAAAACAUAGUUGAUAAACUAGACAUUUUAGACCUUUUAUUUCAAAACUUAAGUUCUAUUGUUUGCAUCAUUUUUAUCUUCAUCAAUAGUUAUGUUCUCCUACACAUAUUUGACUCAUAAUGCCUUCCUAUGUAUAUGUGCUUAAAUUUGUCAAUUUUACACAGAUAUUUUUGUUUCAUUUGUUAUAUUUCUUAUCGUAUUGUACAAGUCAUUUUUAUUUGGGUAGAUCAUAGAAGCCGUCACAGUUCCUCUGCCCAUCUUUAUCAAUGUAUGGUAGGAUAUAGAGACAUCCACGGAUGACAUGUUAUCCUAUUAAUUCUAUUUCUCAAGCAUGUAAUUUAAAUAUUUAUUUGUACUCUUUUGUGUAUAUUUUUCAAUCUAAUUCCUGAUGGGAUAUGAGCCUUCUUAAUUGCAGAGUAAACUUGGCUUAAUCUCUGUUGGAACUGAUGUGUAACUCAAAUUUGAUACUGUCAUUGUCCAUGUGUCA